CUUACAAUCUUUUGCUAUAAGUAUAAACUUCGCAUUGCCUCAAUCACCACCUCGUUUUCUUCGCCACCAACCUUAUAUAAUAGGGGCAAAUAAAUGCUCGUGCCUACUAUUUCUUCCUACAUAUAUAUAAACUUAUAAACUAUAGCGUAUUAUUUCCACUUUCACUUUCAGAUAUAGACUAUAUAACAUAUAUUCAUCUAGCUGUUUUCUUCAGCUAAUAGCUGCAGAGAAUGGCUGCUGUAGGAGUUUAUAACCAAGCAAUUGGGGUUUUUCAAUCCCAUUCUCGUGUCAACGAUUUUAACCAUCAGCAGAAGUUUAACAAUUUUGUAAGACUGGUGACAAAGGAUUUUAUCAGCAGUAAUUGCUUGUCAAGAAGGGAUUGUAGUGUCAUUAGAUCUUCAGCGUCUCAAACAUCAGUGGUUGACACGGUAUCAUCCCCUUCCAGAAGCAAAACUAGUGAUAAAGACACUCACAAGAAAUCAAAUGAAGCUUCUUUGAUCCUUAUUCGACACGGUGAGUCCUUGUGGAAUGAAAAGAACUUGUUCACAGGUUGUGUUGAUGUCCCUCUAAGCAAGAAGGGUAUAGAUGAGGCAAUUGAAGCUGGCAAAAGAAUUAGCAGUAUUCCUGUGGAUCUCAUAUUUACAUCUGCUUUGAUUCGUGCGCAAAUGACAGCCAUGCUUGCCAUGACACAGCACCGCCGCAGGAAGGUGCCUAUCAUAAUGCACAAUGAGAGUGAACAAGCAAGGGAAUGGAGUCAAGUUUUUAGUGAAGAUACAAAAAAGCAAUCGAUGCCAGUCAUAGCAGCUUGGCAAUUGAAUGAAAGAAUGUACGGGGAACUACAGGGACUCAAUAAGCAAGAAACAGCAGACAGAUAUGGGAAAGAACAAGUACAUGAGUGGCGUAGAAGUUAUGACACACCUCCCCCAAAUGGUGAAAGUUUGGAAAUGUGUGCUGAAAGAGCAGUUGCCUAUUUUAGAGACCAAAUUGAACCUCAACUUUUAUCCGGAAAGAAUAUUAUGAUUGCAGCCCAUGGAAAUUCCCUGAGAUCCAUUAUUAUGUAUCUUGACAAACUAACUUCCCAAGAGGUGAUUAGUUUAGAAUUGUCAACUGGAAUUCCAAUGCUUUAUAUUUUCAAAGAAGGAAGAUUCAUUAGAAGGGGGAGUCCAAUAGGACCAACUGAAGCUGGAGUUUAUGCCUACACUAGGCGUUUGGCUCUUUACAGGCAGAGGUUGGAUGAUAUGUUCUAAUAAUUUGAAGAGUAUUCAUUGUGUGGCCAUGAAGUAGCUUGAUGAGUAGAGAGCAAUGUAACAAAAAGUGGCAUGUUGUAUUGGAUUUCAUGCACUUCACUCAUGUGUCUCCAUGUAGCCAAGAUUGACAGCAAAGAUUGGCUUUCCAAUUCCAAGUGAGAGACAUGAUUAUCUAAAGAAUGAACUUCACCCUUUUGUUAUUCAUCUAAUUGGCGUCUAUUUAUAAUACACUAAUCUUGAUUCUUGAAGCAUGGAACGUAGAGCUAUCACAUCCACUUCUUUGAUUUCAUAAUGUACGCUAGAUCAACAUUUUAAAACUAUCUGAACCUCCUCAGGAAUUGAACUUUUCAAUUUCCUUCAACCACAUUAUUUUCAACUGCAGUUUCUCACUACGCUCUUUGGCCUAAAACUUUAGUUUGCUACUGCAUUUUGUUAAUUGCAUGGUCCCAAG